UUUUGUGCGCAAACUUAUAUUAAAAAAAAAAAAUUAGAUCAUUUUACACUAGAUGGACCUGAUAUGUAAAAAUUUCGACUCAAAUUUGAAAGACAAAGGACAAAAAAGACUGGAAAAAAAAUGUGGUUUUGUUUUUGCUGAUUCAAUACUCACCCCCAAGUAAAGGUUUCUUUACAUAGAUGAUAAAUUGUUUAAAGGAGUUGAACAUUACCUGGUGCAUCCUCAAUAAAGUCUAUGCAGUUCCCUUCUAUAGGUUUUACUGGAAGGGGCCUAGUCCCAAACCGGGGCUCUUCAGGCACCUUUGCAGUCAAUGAACGUACUGAAGCAGCAAACUUUGAUCCAUUAGUUGGAAGGAAAGUUUGGACAAGGUGGCCUGAAGACAAUAACUUCUAUGAGGCGGUUAUAACUGACUACAAUCCUGUUGAGGGCCGACAUGCUUUGGUUUAUGAUAUUAGUACAGCAGAUAAAACAUGGGAAUGGGUCAAUCUCAAAGAGGUAAAAGAUGGCCCUUUCUCUGAAUUUACUUGCAUGGCCUACAUUCCUCCUGAUGGAGAUCAUCAGUUGCAAGGCCAAUCAAUGGACCAAGAGCGAUGGAGAAAACAGCAGUACGAUGAUCAUACUGGAGAAGGUAAUAGGGUAGUUGAAGGUUCAGACGCCAACAAGAUGGCUACAGAUGGAAGAGUUGGUUCAGGAGGCGAAAAUGAAAAACAGCACCCGAACCACUGUUUUUAUUCCUGGUGCAGGUUGUACUAA